CAAGUGUUGUGGAUUCGAGUUUAUUGAGGUUUAACUCUUUUUCUCCUAAAACAAGUUAGUGUUCUUUUCUCUGUCUUAUUAUUGUCUUUUUUUCAGAAAAACAAAAAAUAAUUUUAUUUUCAAAAUAAUAUCAAUUAUUUCUUCGUUCUUUGAUCAUCCCAUAAUUAGCUAAUAUUUCAUUAAUUAUUCACUUAAAAAAUUGUUCUUUGACUGUUGAGAACCUGCCAAAUCCAACCCCACCAUGUUGAAGAAGCUCAAAAGAAAUUUCAAAAAAUUCAAAACCUUAACCAACAAGCGCUUCAACUACUCCUCCUCUUCUUCUUCUUCUUCAUUCAAACGCUAUAAAUUCCCUUCACAAUCUCCUCCUCUGUCACCACGUCCACCGCCGGAAAUGUCGUCGCCGACGCAACCUUUCUGGCAAUCACCGCCACCCGUUGCCGCCCUGUUUCCUCAAAUCCAAUCCACCGUUCUUCCCGACCCUUCAAAAUUCUUCGCCCCUCAUCUUCUUUCCUCUCCUCUUCCCACUAAUUCCUUCUUCCAGAACUUCACCGUCAAAAAUGGCGAUCAGCCGGAAUACUUUCAUCCCUAUUUGAUUAAAUCUUCCCUCUCCACUGUCUCGAUUUCUUACCCUUCGAUGUUCUUAAACUCCGCUUUUGGAUAUCAGGUUUUCAAUGCCGAUUGGACUGUCUCUGAAAAUCCCUCCUCUGUUUCGCAAAAACCCCAUAUAAUCUCUUCGUUUAGUGAUCUUAGUCUCACUCUUGAUAUUCCCUCUGGUAAUCUCCGAUUCUUCCUCGUUCGAGGAAGCCCAUUUAUGACAUUCGAGGUUUUUAACAAUACCCCAAUUUCAAUCUCCACCAUUCACGCGAUUCUCUCGUUUUCCUCCAAUAGUUCGUUGACGAAAUUCACUGUCGCUCUUAACAACAAUCAGACAUGGCUGAUUUACUCGUCAUCGCCGAUCAAUUUGACACACAGUCUCUCGCAGAUUACUUCCGGUGGAUUUUCGGGCAUCGUUCGAAUCGCGGUUUUGCCGAAUCCACAUUGCGAAACGAUCCUCGAUCGGUUUUCUUCUUGUUACCCUGUUUCAGGCGAGGUGAAUUUCAGAAACCCUUUCAGUUUGGAGUAUAAAUGGGAGAAGAAUGGGUGGGGCAAUUUGUUAAUGCUCGCACACCCUCUUCAUCUCCGUCUACUAUCCGGUUAUGAUUCCGGCGCCGUUGUUCUUGAUGAUUUCAAGUACAAGAGUAUCGACGGCGACCUCGUCGGCGUCGUCGGUGGUUCGUGGGUUUUGAAACCUGACCCCGUUUCAGUUACUUGGCAUUCAAUCAAUGGCGUUGGAGAGGAAUUUCAGAGUGAAAUUAUCAAUGCGCUUGUGAAAGAUGUUGAGGGCUUGAAAUCUUCGCCCAUUACAACAACAUCAUCUUAUUUCUAUGGGAAAUCAAUUGCAAGAGCUGCAAGGCUCGCAUUGAUUGCUGAGGAAGUGAAUUUUCUGCAGGUGAUUCCUGAAGUGAGGAAGUUCUUAAAAGGAGCUAUUGAGCCAUGGCUUCGUGGGACUUUUAAUGGUAAUGGGUUUCUUUAUGAUGGGAAAUGGGGUGGCCUUAUAACCCAACAAGGGUCUAAUGAUUCUGGUGCUGAUUUUGGGUUUGGAGUUUAUAAUGAUCAUCAUUAUCAUAUUGGUUACUUUCUUUAUGCUAUUGCUGUGCUAGUGAAGAUUGAUCCAGCUUGGGGAAGAAAGUUUAAGACUCAUGCUUACUCUUUAAUGGCAGAUUUCAUGAACUUAAGUAGAAGAUCUAACUCAAUGUUCCCACGUUUGAGAUGUUUUGAUUUGUAUAAACUACAUUCUUGGGCUUCGGGGUUAACCGAGUUUGCGGAUGGUCGGAAUCAGGAGAGUACAAGUGAGGCUGUGAAUGCUUAUUACUCUGCAGCUUUGUUGGGUUUGGCUUAUGGAGAUACACAUCUUGCUUCCAUUGGAUCAACACUAACAGCUUUGGAGAUCAAGGCAGCUCAAACAUGGUGGCAAAUCAAGGAAGGGGAUAAUCUUUAUGAUGUUGAUUUUGCAAGAGAAAAUAAGGUUGUUGGAGUAUUGUGGUCUAACAAAAGAGAUAGUGGUUUGUGGUUUGCUCCUGCUGAUUGGCGAGAAUGCAGGCUUGGGAUUCAGGUGCUGCCUUUACUACCCAUCACUGAGAUUUUGUUCUCUGAUCCUGGCUUUGUCAAGGAGCUUGUGGAUUGGACAUUGCCUUCUUUGGGAAGGGAAGGAGUUGGGGAAGGAUGGAAGGGAUUUGCUUAUGCUUUGCAGGGCGUUUAUGAUAAGGAUGGGGCGGUGGAGAGGAUUCAAAACUUGACGGGGUUCGACGAUGGGAACUCGCUCUCUAACCUGUUGUGGUGGAUUCAUAGUAGAGGAGGAGGAGGAGGAGAUGAGGGCGAAGGCCAUGGUGGUGGAUGGAAACAUUGGUGGUUUAGUCAUUAAUCACUGCAACUGAACAGUGAUCUCGGAUUCGAUAUCUGCGACGUGAAAUCAAGCCAAAUCCAUUUGAAUAAUCUGAAAAUGAAACAAUCUACAGACUUUAUCUCAUUCACUUUACACAUAAAAAUAGUUUUAGGCAUUACUGGUGCUGGAUUGCCUUACUUUUCAGAUUCAUUUGGUGCUGAUUAUUAUAUUGGAAUUGAAGAAUGAAGAUGGCAGCUAGAGGAAGCAAAUGCAGUGUGUUUCUUUCAAGCAAAUUUAUUGUGCAGUUCAUUUUCUUUGCCAGGCUUAUGUGUUUGAGCUUGAUUCCUCUGUUGCUGUUUAUGCCACUUAUUGUGGAUUUCAUGUUGUUUUUAUGUUUGAUACAAAUAAAAGGAUUGUCUUCUUUUCUGGUUAUGAAAAUCAAAAGGGAAAAAGGGGAAAAAAAAGGAGAAGAACAAUAGUUUAUGUUUAUACUUUUUGUUUGGCCGAGUCCAUUCUUUUAAAUGAUUUGAUAUUGAAUUCUUUAUUUCUGUUAC